AUGAGCUUGUCUCUGAAACACAUCCCCUGUCCCAAGGGCAACGAAUGCACAGCGUUUCACUGCAUAUUUGGCCAUCCGAACGAGCAACCAUCUGCCCCAGAGGUUUCUGUAACGAGAACCUCGCCAAAUGACACUGGCAACAAGAAGACGGCAGCAAACCAAGACGUGUCACGCAAGCGCGUGAGGACUGACCCCUUUCAUCCAGCGCCCUCCCCUGGAACUCCCCAGAACGCUGGACAGAGCUCAUCUGGAACGUCUCGUGCGGACUCAGCGGAGGACAUUCCGAAACCAGUAGCGAAGAAGCUUAAAACAGCUGGUCGGCCAGUUUCUCCUCCGCCUCUUAAGCGAAAAGUAGAUGCUCAAAAUGAUACCCCCUACGCUCCUUCAAAAGUCGCCAAAAUCAGUCAGCCUACCAGUGACUCACGGCCAUUUUCUGUUCAGAAAGUUGCGUCAGCAAAACCCAAGAAAGCUGAAUCACUGAACCCUAGACUCCUUAAAAGCUCUCCUGCAAGCCAUGAUAUUCGUCUGAAACUUGUCAGGAUGCUUCAUCAAGAGUUAACACGACUGAACAAAGAACUUAAGAAAAUCACCAAGAAAAAUGAUAUGAGCCUCCUUUUGUCAGAUCAGGAGCUCAUCGUUCGAUCACUAGACGAGGAGGAGUACAUUGCUGUCCAUAAAACUGCCGUCUACUCUAAUGUCAUGAAAAACAAGGUCAUGCAGUACAAACGAAUGAAGGUCGACCAGUGGAAGACUGAACGAGAAGAUGAAAGGAAAAAACUAGAACUUGAAGCUUCUGGAAAGGAUCCUUCCGAGAAACCACUUGAAAUCAAGACUGACCUAACACCCCCUCAAGAAGUUGAACUCGCGAAGCGGAUCUUAACUCCUAUUGAUAAGCUAGCAAGCCAUGGAUAUGUUUCUGUUGUCCCUUCCGAAGAAGAUAUUGAGAAGGCGAGGCAAGGCUUAGAGACAGCUGCAGGAUGGGAGAAAUGCGACCGGUGUCAACAGCGCUUCCAAGUCUUUCCUGGGAGACGCGAAGAAGACGGUGCACUCACUUCUGGCGGAACAUGCACAUUCCACUGGGGCAAGACAUUUAUCGCUCCAAAGGCUCUGGGUGACAAGACGAGGCAGCCCAAGCGAUACCAGUGCUGUGGCCAGGAACUCGGCGACUCAGUCGGCUGCUACACACGCGAUCACCACGUAUUCAAGACCUCAGAUCCCAAGAGGCUUGCUUCUACACUUAACUUUGCAGAAACCCCCGAGAACCCUCUGCCACCACCAGAUAGAGCAGUGGCUUUUGACUGCGAGAUGGGUUAUACGGUCUAUGGAAUGGAACUUAUCCGCCUGACCGCAACCUCCUGGCCCACCGGCGAAGAACUGCUAGAUGUACUGGUCCGACCAUUGGGAGAAAUCCUGGACCUGAACUCGCGGUAUUCUGGUGUCUGGCCAGAAGAUUUGGCCCAGGCUGAAUCAUGGUCUGCAGACACCUCGACGAAGCCAACUAAGAGUGACAGCGACGAUGUGAGUGAAGACGGUGAGCUGAAGCCUAAGAAGAAGCAGCUCAAGAUCGUUUCAUCACCCGAAGUCGCUCGAGAUCUUCUCUUUUCCCUCAUCGCCCCGACCACACCUCUAAUCGGUCACGGCUUGGAAAAUGAUCUCAACUCGGUUCGUAUUGUGCAUCCAACGCUGAUAGAUACCGUGCUGCUCUACCCCCACAAGGCUGGCUUGCCGUACCGUUACGGUCUGAAGAUGCUUAUGGAUAGCCAGCUCAACCGCAAGAUUCAGCAGGAGACGGGUCCCAAGAUGUUGGGCCAUGACUCUGCUGAGGAUGCGAGAGCUGCAGGAGAUCUUGUACGUCUCAAGAUUAGGAAUUUGUGGAUGGAUAUGCAGAGGGAGGGUUGGAAAUUGGUGGACGGCAGAUUCGUGGGUCCUGGAAAGACUGCCGGAUUGACAGCAGCUUUUCUUGAGGCUUAG